CAGAAGAGCUGUGAUUCAGACUUCGGAGGGUCGACGAGUUCUUUUAUUGACAAAGAAUAUUCUAAGGCAUGGCGGGUGUCGUUUUAGAGACUUUGAGUUGGAGAAAACUCAUAACAUUGGGAGUGUUUCUCCUGAUCCUCCAGAUAGUCUUCUUUCUGAUCGGCGCUGUGAUCGCACCUGCACCAACUCAUGUGAUAUCAAUGACUGCCACAAAAUGUCUUGAUAGAAAUGCUUAUAGAGACAAAAACAAAUGGUUUCCACCCCGUGGUAAAGAUGCCUGUGAAAGUCUCCAAAGUUUGGAUCCAAGUGAUAAAAAGAUUCAAGAAGAAGGAAUUACAGCAGAACAAAUUGUCUUCUCUUUUUGGAUCCCAUGGCCAAGAAAUGGACAACAAUUGAAAAUGCAUCGUUAUUUCCAGUUUCUUUUAGCUGUUCUGCAGUUAGACAUAGAACAUGACCCACAGGUCCCUAUAGUGGAUAAAGCCAAAUUGCAGAUGGACAUUCGUCUGGCAGCUAGCAACAAGCAGGAUAAUGGAAACUGGACACUAUUGGCAUCUUCAAUUGAGGACAGAAAUAUUGAUUGUGACCUUACUAAAAAGAUGGAUAAGGGUGAUAUCUACGACUGUGACCUACUUCAGCUGUUUGAACUUGGCAGUGUCCACCACCAUUACUAUCUUGUCAAUAUCCGCCUGCCAACAUUCCCACUGAAGGGCAUUAACAUUGACAUUGGAAAGAUCGUUGAUAUGCACAUCCAUGGAAUUCACCAAAAUGGAGGUUUUAGUUUUGUGUGGUUUAGUUUGAAGACAGCUAUGUUUCCCAUGGUUCUUGGUAUUUUGAUCUGGUUCUGGAGGAGAAUCACCCAGAUGUGUCGACCAGCAAACCUGCUGGAGAGAACACUGUUUGCCCUGGGUAUAGUAAUGACCAUCCUGAAUUGUCCUAUUGAGUGGUUUACCCUGGCAUUUGACAUCCCGUUCAUGCUCCUACUCAAUGACAUACGACAGGGAGUGUUCUAUGCCAUGCUUCUCUCCUUCUGGAUCAUCUUCACAGGGGAACACAUCAUGGACCAGACAGAGAGGAACCGCCUGUCUCUAUACUGGAAACACUUGGCAGCUGUCGUAUUUGGCUGCCUCUGCAUGUUUGUCUUCGAAAUGUGUGAAAGGGGCAUCCAGUUAAAGAAUCCCUUCUUCAGUGUUUGGACAACGCCUACCGGUACAAACUUAGCUCUUGCGUUCAUCAUUCUGGCUGGAGUUGCUGCAAGCUGCUAUUUCCUCUUUCUGUGCUAUAUGGUCGUAUGUGUGUUCAAAACCAUAAGCGCUAAACGGAUGACUCUGCCCAGCAUGAGUAGUCUAAGGAGACGCUUCUAUAUGGGUCUCAUCUACCGGUUUAAGUUCCUGAUGCUGGUGACACUGUUUUGUUCUGCCAUGACUGUCAUCUUCUUCAUCAUUAGUCAGCUAAGCGAGGGUCAGUGGAAGUGGGGAGAUGAGGACCUGAACAUCCAGUACACUAGUGGAUUCUUUACUGGUGUGUAUGGCAUGUGGAACGUCUACAUCUUUGGAUUGCUGUCCAUGUAUGCUCCAUCUCAUAAAACAGUUGUGGAAGUUGAUGCUGAUGAGAAUAGUCAGGAGGAAUCUGUACAGCUAACACAGUUACCGUCAUCAAGUCUCCCAUCGGAGACGUCCGCCCUCCAGGCUUUUGUCAGCAAAACUGCCCAGGAUUAAUCAGCUGGUAACUAUUGCUAUGUCAGGAAUCUUAGGACUCAAAAAUUGUCUCAAAAAGCCAAUGUGAAAGGAAACUGUAAGUUUUGUCCAGUACAUAUUUGAUGAUUUGAAAUCAUUUUAAAACCAUGUGUAUAUUAUAUGUACAUGUACUUGACCAGUACUUGCUCUAUGGUUAUUGUAUGAAAUAUAAUCAGUGUUUGUAUAAAUAUGUGAAAUGCAUUAAUAUCCAUAUUUAUCCUAUGUGUUUUAAUUUUAUAGUUUAAAGAUUCAUUAUCUUUUGAAUAAUAUAACAAAUUUGAUUGAUCUGCCCAAGAUUCCUCAAAACAGACACUGUGUAACUUGAAAUGUUACCAUUUUUGAGAGGAACCACACAAAUUAACAAGACAGGAUAAUAGUUGAAAUGUUAGCCUGCUAUUUAUUGUUAUAAGGUACCAACGAAAGUUUUGUACAGUCAAACAAUCAACAAUAUAUACAAAACUAUGAAUGAAAUUACCAAGUAAGCAUUUCAUGUUCUUUGAUAACGGCAGACUUUGACCUAUACCAGUGCUGUACGAUGGAUUUGUCUACUGUAUCUUUUGUACAGAAGAGUGUCUUUUAUAUCAGUACACACUUACCUUCCUAGAGAGUUUUUCCAGAGCUUUAACAUCACAAUUUCUGAAAAUUAAUUUUUGUGAUAGAACUUUUAUGGGAUACACAUAGAUACUUGCUAACAAUUUUACUUAAUUUGGAUUUUAAAAUCUAUCAUCUGUGAAACUCCUUUAUUAUUCAACUACCAAAAAAUAAAAAUUCACUUAAUUUAACAUACAUUGCUUUACGGUAUUCCUUUAGAGCUUUUCAGGUAUUUUCAGACUUUUUUCAGCUUUAAAAUAUUGUAUAUUCUCUUCUAUAAAAAGUCUGAAAAUCUCAUGAAAAGUCCUAAUAUGCUCUGUUGUACCUUUGAUAUUUUCACUUUCUCUCUCUGUCUCUCCAGCCCCACCCUCUCUCUCUCUCUCUCUCUCUCUCUCUCUCUUGUCUUCCCGGAAGCAAUGAGAAAUGUGUAGCAUGGCACAUUAUUACAUAAGAAUGAUCUUUAUCAUACAUUUUACAGGAAAAACAUUUUUCUGAGAAUUAGGUUUGGAUCUUCAGUGUUGCAGAACAUUGAUCAUGAUGAAUCAGUACAGUAAAACUGUAUGGUAUAUUUAUUGUUAUAUACUGAUUGUAUGUUUUUACCAAGUGGUGUAAUAAUUUGAUAUAAACUAUUUAUAUAAAUAUUGUUUAAAAUAAUUUAAGCAUGUAUUAUCUGUUUCUGUCUUAAACUUUAUUGAUUUUGUUGUCUGGCAAAAACUCCAUAAUGUACCGACCACACAAAGGUAAAGUAUGGCAUUAUGUUGGGUAGGACGAUGUGUGAUAUUAUAAGGACUAUUGCAGGCAAGAAUUAAUGGAGUUGGGUCGUGUUCUCAAUUUCUUAUAAUAUGGGAAAAUUGUAUUGAGGAAGGCAUAAAAACAUGUGCCCCUCCCAGUAUAUGUCUCGGAUAGCCAUAGUUAAGUAGAACAUCACUCCGUAACAACUGAUGAUUGUGUGUAUUGACAGGUAUGAACUAUUCCUCUACCAGGAAGUUAUUUUGAUUUAAGAUCUGUUAAAUACAUUGCAGAAUUCUUGACCCCUUUAACAAGAUUAUACAUGUCUAGCUAUUAAUUAACAAGAUUAUACAUGUCUAGCUAUUACAGAGAUUUCACUUAUUAUGUGGGAGACUUUGUAUUUAUGUGAGAUGUUUUCGUAAUCUACUUCAUGGUUUAUACACUUUGUGAAUGAUCCUUUAAAUGUUUUAUUUUUUAUCCAAGCAUUAAGUACAUACAAAGCUAUUUAAAAGAACAUUUCUAUACAUAAAGAAUGAAGACACUUGACAAAUACUUCCUGUUGAUAGAUAUUAGUCAGGACUAUACAGGUCAGGCCUAUUUCAAUAUCUCCAUUCCAGCUAUAAUAUUAAAAAGAUAUCAGUCAGGGCUAGACAUGCCUAUUUCAACAUCUCCAUUCCUGUUAUAAUAUUAAAUAGAUGUCAGUCAGGACUAGACAUGCCUAUUUCAAUAUCUCUGUUCCUGUUAUAAUAGAUAGCAGUCAGGGCUAGACAUGUCUAUUUCAAUAUCUCCGUUCCUGUUGUAAUAGAGGACAUCAGGACUAGACAGGUCUAUUUCAAUAUCUCCGUUCCUGUUAUAAUAGAUAUCAGUCAGGACUAGACAAGUCUAUUUCAAUAUCUCCGUUCCUGUUGUAAUAGAGGACAUCAGGACUAGACAGGCCUAUUUCAAUAUCUCCGUUCCUGUUGUAAUAGAUAUAAGUCAGGACUAGACAGGCCUAUUUCAAUAUAUCUGUUCCUGUUAUAAUAGAUGUCAGUCAGGACGAGACAAGCAUAUUUAUCUCCGUUCCUGUUAUAAUAGAUAUCAGUCAGGACUAGACAGGCCUAUUUCAAUAUCUCCGUUCCUGUUGUAAUAGAUAUAAGUCAGGACUAGACAGGCCUAUUUCAAUAUAUCUGUUCCUGUUAUAAUAGAUGUCAGUCAGGACGAGACAAGCAUAUUUAUCUCCGUUUCUGUUGUAAUAGAUAUCAGUCAGGACUAGACAUGCCUAUUUCAAUAUCUCCGUUCCUGUUAUAAUAGAUAUCAGUCAGGACUAGACAGGCCUAUUUCAAUAUUUCCGUUCCUGUUAUAAUAGAUAUCAGUCAGGAUUAGACAGGUCUAUUUCAAUAUCUCCAUUCCUGUUAUAAUAUUAAAUAGAUGUCAGUCAGAACUAGACAGGCCUAUUUCAAUAUCUCUGUUCCUGUUAUAAUAGAUAUUAGUCAGGACUAGAAAUGCCUAUUUCAAUAUCUCUGUUCCUGUUAUAAUAGACAUCAG